UUCACGUGUGAGCUGGAUCUAGGUUUUCUCCCCCGAAUGGCCGGAGUGACAAAAAACAGGAGUGUAACGUACGGUAAAAUUAGGAACAAGGGGGAUUUCAACACGUUUUCGGACAAAGCUCUGUCGUCUAGGGCUUGCGAUGGAUCUUCUUGAACCGGAAUGCGUGGAUUUGACGCCCUUCAGCGUUGUCUUGGGAAGUUAAGCCAUCAUCUCACACAAAGCUACGCAAAUGAAUGUUCCAGCCGUUUAGCGGUGUAAGCAAGUACUGGCGCCCUAAAUUACGUUAGCUAACCAAAGUUGAUGGUUUUGUGUGCGUGUCGAGUUCGACUGGGCUGUUCUCGGUGUUGGAUUUAUGAUGCUGUUCCUAAGGAACUGUGACAUAACAGUUCCGUUCGCGCGGUUCUGAGCUUUUAAUUAGGCAACUGUCGUUAUAGCAACCUGGAAGCGUUCUGUCGGUGUUUACAUGCGAGGCUAUAGUUCAUUGUUUACAUUCGAGUUCACGGUCGUCUCUCAGUACCGUUAACGUCAGCUUUCCAUCUGCUCAUAUGUUUGUUCAUAUCCCUCAACACGACAUUACCUGAUCUACAGCUUGUCUGGCCACGUCUACCUAUAAUAACCACAUACCUGCUUGUUAUUUACUUAAUCCAAGUGGAGACACGGUAUUUAUGCAUUAGGUGUAUCUUAGAUAAGCACUGUUAGGUUAACUAACGUUAGCUAGGUCAAUAUCACUUAAAGGUGAACGGCGCGAUCUGAUUAUUUGCACAGAUCUUACACCGCUCUUUCAGUUUCACACCUCAUCACUGAACCUGCCAAAUACAACACGCCUCCUGCUCUUUGGAUGGCAGGGUGAUAAGAAGGGUUUAGCAGGCUGUAGAAAUCAGUAACGCUCUUCGAGUAAGUUAACCUAGUUAACGUUACGUCGACAACGUUACAGCCGCACAUAAUUCAUGUAACGCCAUUGCUUUAACUAAUUCAGAGAGGUGCAGGUGGUCAGUCGACUUAAAUUUCCGUCGUGCACUUGCUCCAUAUGCAUUCACUUGACUUGCGGUUCUAAGUAGCUUGCUAUCCAACGAGGUUAGCCAGUCAGCUAGCUAGCUAGCGUUAGUUGCGCGUUACUUGUAACGUUAGAUGUAGCUAGCCUGGCCGCGACGGCCCUUAUUCAUUUAUCGCAGUUCAGAUAAGCGAUGCUGGACAGCUAGAGGACAGGAAGGUUUGCAUCUUCUUGUCCCCGCCAUGAAUGACAUUCCGAGCCUUGCGUAGCUUUUCCGCGCCACCAAAGUGGAUCCAAGGUAUGAAAAGCGGACAAACUCGAGGGGAAUAAAGUCUGUCGUGUGGACAUGCCCUUUUCAGCAGCAUGCAGGUUGAUGGCAGCAGCAGCAGCAGCAGCAGCAGCAGCGGCAGUGCCCAUGCCCACAUGCCGGGCGCUGCUUCUUCAGCCGGCUCGCCUUGCCGAGUCUUACCGGCGCUCACGCUCGGCAUCGCCGCGGCGGCGGUGCUCUUGCAGUUCGGCUGUGGAGGACUCAGUCUAGCGGCGUUUUUCCUGAAGCUGUCCAUUUCUGUGUCCUUCACUUUGUUUUGUUUCCUGCUGGGCUGCUUUGGCUUACUCGCCAAGAAGAGCCCACCUAAAAUCAGCAGAUUCGACAUUUCGAAGAGGCCGUCGCCAAACUUAUUGGACAAACUGAUGGGGAGGUUCUCUGUUCCACUGCUGGACUCGGCACAAACCAGACGAGUGGUUGUGUCGCACAAUAUGGAUAAAGCCCUUAAAGAAGUCUUUGACUACUGCUACAGGGACUAUAUAUUGUCGUGGUACGCCCCCCUGAGUCGAGAUGAAGGGCAGCUGUUUCAGAUGCUGUCUGAAGAUUUCUGGGAGAUGAUCAAGAAGCUAAGGGUCCGACUUUCUGAGGUGGACGUCGUUAACGUGGUUUGCAACGACACCGUCAAGACCCUCCAUGCUCAUUUCUGUGACCUCAAGGCUGCCAACGCCAGGCAGGAGGAGUCUCCGAGGCCCUUGCUGCUGCACCCAUGUCUGCGCAGUCCUGAGGAUGAGUUGCAGUUUCUGCGCUGCUGCUCUCGCCUGCUAGUUCUGUGUGUGCUGCCUGCACGUGACGCUCACUGCCGCAGCCUCCGCCUCGUCCUGGUCGAGGUCAUUGCCAAUAAAGUACUAAAGCCAUUGGUGGAGGUGCUAAGCGAUCCCGACUACAUCAACCAAAUGCUGUUGGCUUUGCUGGAGCAUCGUGAGCAGCAGAAAAAAGCGUACAUCUACGCAGACUCCUAUGAAGAUUUCUUCAAACUUAUCAGCAACAGCACUGACAUCGAUUUCCUCAAACAGCUCAGGUAUCAGAUAGUUGUGGAGAUCGUUCGGGCGACCACUCUCAGCAGCAUUCCACAAUUCAAGAAGCAGAAAGACAGUAAAGGGAAGGAAGUAGCUGCUAUGAAGGCAGACUUGCUAGGAACUAGGGAUAUCAAGCGCUACAUUAACCAGCUCACAGUGGCUAAGAAGCAGUGUGAGAAGAAGAUCCGGCUGUUGGAGGGCCCCAACUACGAGCAGCAGGAUGAUGGCAACCAGGAUGAGGGAUUUGGCCCUCAGGGCCAGAAGAUUCUUCAGUUUGAGGAGAUUAUGUCCAACGCCAUAUACCGGGAGCAUUUCCGCAUCUAUAUGGAAAGAGUGGAUAAGAGAGCUCUCAUCAGUUUCUGGGAGCUGGUGGAGACACUCAAGGCCGCUAACAAGAACGAGGUGCCACAGCUGGUAGGAGAGAUCUACCAGGACUUUGUGGAGAGUCGGGAGAUUCCUGUAGAGAAGGCUCUCUAUAAAGAGAUCCAGCAAACUCUUGUUGGUAACAAGGGCACAGACGUAUUCCACAAGAUUCAGAGUGACGUCUAUGAAACUAUGAAGGAGCGAUAUUAUCCAUCGUUCUUAGUGAGCGACCUGUAUGAGCGGCUCAUGAAGCGGGAGGAGCAGAGAAGCAGCUCGCACUCAAGCAGUGAAGACAAAGAAGAUGGAUGUCAGGCCAUGGAGGGGGUUGAGGUGGCUGUGGACGAGGGCAGUAAAGGCAUUAAUGAGCAGGCCAGCUACGCUGCAAACAAACUCAGCCAGCUAUGUGAACGACUGGAGUAUAAACGCCAAGCACUCGGCAUCAUACAGGGUGCACCCAGAACUGACAAAAAGAUUGUGACAAUGCUGAAGGAGGAAAUCAGGGUGAUGGAGAAGGAACACAGCGACCUGCAGCUGCAUAUCUCACGCACAGACUGGUGGUGUGAGAACCUGGGCACCUGGAGGGCUGUCAUCAACACUGCCGAGGCCUGUGAAGAGAACGGUGAACAGAUGCCAUGUUACUCCGUAGCAGUGAGUCUCUUAGAAGGAGACGACUCUAAGAACAGCUGCUGGACGGUCACCAGAAAGCUGAGCGAGUUCCAGGCGCUGCACAGAAAACUGACAGAGUGUUUUCCCUCUCUGAAGAAGGUCCAACUUCCCUCUCUCAGUAAACUGCCAUUCAAAUCCAUUGACCAAAAAUUCCUUGAGAAAUCCAAAAACCAACUAAAUACAUUUUUACAGAAAAUGCUGAUGGAUGAGCUUAUGUGCCAAAGUGAGGCAUUAUAUGCUUUCCUCAGCCCUUCACCAGAGCACCUUAAGGUCAUAGAUAUCCAGAAAAAAUCCUCCUUCUCCUUUGCCUCUUUUCUGGGGAGACUGCCUCGUGACUUCUUCUCCCAUCAGGAGGAUGAGGCUGAAGAUGACAGUGAUCUCUCGGACUAUGGUGAUGAGCCAGAUGGAAAGAAAGAUGACCUCGCUGAGCCCUUCUUCAUGCUCAUAGGAGAGGUCUUUGAACUCAGGGGCAUGUUCAAAUGGGUACGGAAGACACUAAUUGCACUAGUUCAAGUCACUUUUGGACGGACCAUAAAUAAGCAAAUCAGAGACACUGUUAACUGGAUCUUCAGUGAGCAGAUGAUGGUUUACUACAUUAAUAUAUUCCGGGACACAUUCUGGCCCAAUGGGAAGCUGGCGCCCCAUAACAAAGCUCGCUCAGACAGUGAGCGUCAGGAGACCAAGGAGAGAGCCCAGCAGAAGCUGCUGGACAACAUUCCAGUCGAAUUACAGAAUCUGGUGGGGCAGCAGAACGCCAGGUAUGGAAUCAUUAAGAUCUUCAACGCACUUCAGGAAGCCAGUGCCAACAAGCAUCUCCUUUAUAUCCUUCUGGAGAUGCUCCUCAAAGAACUCUGCCCUGAGCUGAGUGUAGAAGCAAAACAGAUCUGAUCACACAUACACUCAUCUGAUGAAGGAAGGGCCACGUCGGCUUCGAUUAUUUUCUUUUACUGUAGUGUGCUGGAAAGAAUUUGUUUUAUUUCUGAGUCUUUAUCUGAAAAUACUUGACUUAGUAGCGCUCGUAUUAGGGGGCUUCACGGACAUCACUAUUACAUUUUGUCCUCUCCGUCUGUUCUUUCUCUUGCUGGAUUGUAUCUACACACCAGGUCUACUGCCAACCAGCCAAGUUUUAUUUGUUUUUGUUUCUUUUUUUCUUUUGUCUAUGGGUUUUUGUUGGACCUGGUAAGGUCAAAAAUGUGAAUAGUUGUGGAGUGAGUGUUGUACUUACUUUA